UUAAUCCAUUCAAUUAUCUUAACCUUGCUUGAUCGUACGAUGUUCAAAUCGUUCAUGGCAUCCUAACUUCCUUAUUGUUCGGGACUGACUGGGAGCUAAGAAAUUGCAAGAGAAUCUGUCGGAGAUUCGUGGUUCGAGCCCUUCGAGAACGCUCCGAAAUAUUUUUGCAGUUUCGCUCACUGUACAAAUCACCUCCACCAAAAAUGGCUAAUACAGAUUUUACGCCGCUACACCAUAAGCCACUCAGUGCGUCUGCUGAGGCGUCUCCUUUAUUAUCGAGGUACGACAAGGAGCCAGAAGAAGAUGCCUUGUCUCCAGAGGCCGGGGACGCCGAGUCGACCGUUCAAGACCAAACGUCAACAGGGGUUUCCCCUGAAGAACAGGUUCUGAAAGUUAUGGAUCGCUUAGAGGACGAUUGGGACAAGGCUACUUACGAAGAAGUCGUUCCGCUCGAGAUUAGGCUAGCCCUUGAGGAAAGAGUAUUUGGUUGGACUCAUUUGACUUCCGAUAUUUUAGGGCAUCUGGGCUUCACACUCGGUGCAUUCUUGAUGGUGUACGUGUUCUUAUGGUAUCCUACUGAAAGGCUAGGUCUAAGUUGGGUUCGGUGGACGGGGUCCUUAUUUGCGGGCGUCUCUUCUUUUCGAAUGGUCCGUCGAAGAAGGCAAGUUUACUUCCGGGCCGCCUAUGGCUCCAGAGCCUACCGUGAUGACGAAGAUCGUCGUCAAAAAGAAGUUGCCGAAGCAGACAAGGCGAGUUGGCUAGGGCGGAUGCGCGAAAAGAGGAAUCGGAAGAAUGUCAAAAAGGCACUGCUUCGGGCAGAAUCCAAUUUUACAAAGCAUUACCAUUCUAAGCGGGAGGUGGAACGUACGUUGACGGAUCUAUCCGUGUCGAAGGAAAAUCCGAUGCUAAAGCGACGUCGGCCAUCCUUCCAAACUAUUCCGGUUCCCGAUAUGCAAUCGGUUCAGCAUGAUCAAAUCCUUUUUGAUAAUGGGCCUAUUCAUAAUGUUAUGUAUACACACGGAGGAUUCUUUGGAGCGGCACCGUUCCUCCUAACGAAUUCGCAUUGGAUCUCAAUUCUUAGACACCUAAUGCCAGAUGUGUACGUCGAAAUUUCGCGACGGAUAAGGGUUCCUCCACAACGCUUGAUACAUUGGGCUGAGAACAAUCCUGUUGUAGCAGCGUAUGGUAGCGCACAUGAGCUCGAACUUAACGGAGUCUUCCCCAGCAUUGAAUGGGAUGUUUUCCUGAAUCCCGCUUUGGUCCUCCGUGUUGAAAGAAUCUUGCAAAAACGAGCAGACUUUUUGCACUGCAUUCUACCAGAUUCAACGCAUCUCAAACCACUUCAAACUAUUUCGGCAGCAAAGAUCGUGUCCUAUUCUGAUCGUAAUAUUUUGCGGUACUACGACAGACAACUUCAGCUGGGAGUUCACGAAUUGGUAGACAAGAUGCUGAUCGCACAUGGUAAACUUGGACAUCUUUUGUUGGAGCAGACAGGAAUAGCAAAGUAUUACACGUAUUCUCGUGUCCGACGGACGCGGCGAACCUUGGGUGGGGGUAUCUAUGCCCGUCAAUGGAUGGCGGUGUUCGCUGAAAGUCUUAAGCUUGGUUUUCUCGACGAGAGUCCAGCUGGAAGCCCUAAGAGUGAAACUGAAAAAACUUCACUCUUUGCUAUGGCAAGAUCAUCAUGUCCUGAUACUUCAAUUUCUGAAUCAGUUGAUACAGUCAAAUCCAUAGCAAAAAGCGAAAGCCCAAUUGGACUUGUUCUAGACGUCAAAUCUCGGCAUGUUCCUAAAAAUAUUUGGGGAUGUGUGGUAGAUACAUUGCGUGCAUCAGGCGUACGUGUGGAAGGGGUGGGAUCGUUUGUUAUAGAAGACAUCAGAGAUAUCAGCAAAUACACCAUUAACCCUGUCAAGGAGAUUUUAUUCUUUCAUUCUGCCGGUGACAUGCAGCACGCUUGUCACGAUGGGAGCGUCAGAAAUGGGGACAUUGUAUUCUUUAACGCGGGUAGCCUCUUGUGGCAACCGCUACAAGAGAAUGAGGCAAGUACAGGAAAAGCUUGUCGACAGAUCUUCGGAUCGUUCGAUCCUCUCAGCGCCAAGGCAGCUUAUCGGCUGUUACCUUUUGCACUGCCCUCAAAAGCAAUGAACAAAAACAUGGGUGGAGCCGCAUCUUCCGAGAGUUCAAUUGAGAACUAUAAGAAUCGUUUCAAUCUAUCGAUUGGCCUGUAUGUACAAGAGUUUGCCAUCGACGAGAAAGCAGUUGAUAUUCUGGUUCGUCUAGUAAAUGAAACCCCGCGGGUGUACAACUUGGGUCUUUGCUGGGGCGGCAUAAAUGGAAUUACCAUUCGAGGUAUUCAACCUGGUCGAUUUACUGCAACUGACGGGUUCUGGUACGAACAAAUUGUAGUAUCUUCGCUGCUAUUGCAUCCUACUCUGGCUCACCAUUUUCUCGUUCUUCAGGAACCAAAGACAUCUUGGUGCUCUAUGGAACUACAACCUUAA